AUGUCGACGCCAACAAACCCCUCAAACGGCCGAACGCCAACCGGGCCAAACGGAGCUCCGCCAAUGCGAAUGCGUCGCCCCAGACAAGCAGACCCCCUCGUCCGUCCAAAGCGAAAAGGAGCACAAAGGGCCGCAACAAGUGCACCAGGCGGUCUCGCCCCGCCCUCUCGACCAGGAACCCUCCGUCAAAUCCCCGCAACAUCAAUCAAAACCCUCCCAACACGCCCCCAACCAAACCAAACCUCCACCCCAGAAACCCUCACCCCAGCCCAAAUCCCACCCAACGCCAACGCACCCGCCGACCACUCCGUAAACGGCUUCAGCGGACCCCUCCUCUCAACAUCCUACACCGACUACCCGGUCGUAACAACCAAGCGCGCCCUCCUAGAAGGAAUGAAACACCACAUAGCGCGCUUCGCCGCAAAACGACCCGUCGACCCACGCGACGAAUCUCAAUUCACGCGUCCAGUCCGCCUGCACCGCCGUGACCCACGAACCAGAACCCAAGAACACGAGCGCCUCGGACCAGGCGGCGAACAAAUGAGCGAAGCCGACAAAGAAGCCAUGGACGCAAAGCGCGCCCUCCGCGACAAAGAGCGCGCCGAGAACCAAGCCCAGAUCGCCCCGGCAGCAGGCUCAAGCAAGCGACCCAAUGCGCCGAAGCAAAAGACGCAGCAGGUCUUCAAGAGCGACAUGACGGCGGAAGAACUGGCUCGCGCGCGGGUGCGGUACGAAGAAGCUCUCCCGUGGCAUUUGGAGGACUUUGAUAAUCGCAAUAUCUGGGUGGGGAAUUACGAGGCUGCGCUUUCGGAAACGCAUGCCGUUUUCAUGUUUGAGGGUGGGAAAGUGCGCAUGAUCCCUGCGGAGAAGUGGUACAAGUUUAGUGCGAAGAGUCAGUUUAAGGCGCUUACUAUUGAAGAGGCGGAGAAGCAUAUGGCGAAGCGGAUCAAGGAUCCGAGGUGGUUUAUGGAGAAGCAGGCUGAGAUUUUGGAGAAGAGUCAGCUUGAUCAGUAUGCUAAGUCGCGGAAGGUGUUUUUUGGGAAGCAGGGGACGCAGAAUGGGCGGGAGGGGCUUGAGGCUGGGGAGAUGGAUUUUGAGGAGGAUCGGUUUGCGGAUGAUGAGGAGCAUGGGGAUGAUUUGUUUAAUGAGCAGGAUGAGGAUGCUAAGGCUGCGGAGAAGAGGAUUAAGGAGGAUCAGCUCAAGGCUAAUGUGUUUGAUCUGAAGAAUGAGAAAGAUUAUGAGGAGGAGGAGAAGCGUGAAAAGUGGGAGAAGGAGGCGAGACACGUUCAGGGUAAGAAGGUGCGGAAGGCGUUGAAGAAGCGUGAGAAGAAUUAUGACUAUAGUUCUGGCUCGGAUUUUAAUCCUUACACGGAUGAGGAGAGCUCCGACGACAGCGAAACCGAACGCCAAAAAGAAGAAGAAAAGAAAAAAGCCGAAGAAGAAAAGAACGCUCAAAAAGACUCCGCCUCGUCAAAAGGCAACAACACCCCCUCCGGCCGCCCAAAGCACACCGACCCGCUCAAGAAAUCCGGCCCAUCGCGCAAACGCCUCGGAUCCCCCAACGGCUCCGACGCAAGCGGAACAGACACUUCGCGUAAGAAGGCCAAGAACAAGCACGCCCCCACACCGCAGCCCACAUCGCGACCACUUUCGCCAUCUGCGCAGGGCAAGAAGCGCGUUCGCAAUUUCCCGCUUGGCUCGGGCUCUGGCAGUGAUGUCGAUAUGGCUGGUUCGGGCGCGGAAAUGAGCGAGGGUAAGCCGAAGAAACUCAAGUUGAGUCUCGGGUCCAGGACUGGAACGCCGGUUGGGUCGAGGGCUGGUAGUCCUAUUGCUGGUGGAAGGAGUUUCUCGGGAAGUCGGGCUAGUAGUCCCGAGGGUGCGAGAGGUCGAUCAACACCUGUUCCGGCAGGAAAUCAACCCUUCCCCACGCCUGCGGAAAUCCACGCCGCCAUCCCGGCAACGGGUAUUCAGAGUAGUGAUCUGUUGCGGAAGUUCCGGCCUCGCAUUGGCGAUAGUAAGGAGAAUCAUAGGAGAUUCAUUGCUAUUGUCAAGGAUGUUAGUGUCUACAUUAAGGAGACGAGGUUGUUGCAGCCUGGUCCUUGGAAGGAGUGA